AUGGCUUGUUCAAUCAAUGAGCUCCCUAGUGAUGUACUGCUUGAAAUCCUUUACAAACUUCCGCUAAAUCUGAUCCAUAGAUGCAAAUGUGUUUGCAAGCUCUGGUCGUCUCUCAUCUCGCAACCAUAUUUUCCUGCUCAAUAUCUGCUCCGAACCAAACUCACGCCCCCACCAAACCCUACCUUAUACUUUCAUUUUUAUAUCCCAAAAAAUUUCAGACCUUUUCCUCUCAAACACUCUACGUAUAAUGAUCACCGCAAAUCAUGGUCCCAAGACUCUCCCACCCUUUCCUUCGGCUUCCUUCCGCAACCCGUUCGGCUUCUAUGCACCAGCAACGGAUUAGCAUUGUGCACGACGAGUUACGACUGCGAGUGUAUUUACUACGUUUGCAACCCCAUUACGAAGCAUUGGCUCACUCUUCCUCCGCCGCCCACGUGCACUAAUUUUGCAUUAGCGGGACUUGUUUCUUAUAAUCAUCACUUCAAGGUGGUGAGGCUGGUCGCUCCUUUUACCUAUACUAAUGCAGCUACCCUCGAGUUUACCGAAAUACAAACAAGCUCCUUCAAUGCCGAGACAUUCGAUUCUCGGGCUAAUCUCUGGAAGGUUUCGCCUUUAAUAACCAUCCCGCACUCUAUUUCGUUCCUUAAACCCACUAAGGUCGUUGAAUACAAAGGGAAUUUGUACUGGGAAAGCAGCGAAUAUGGGCCAAAGGCCUCAAAAUUUAUGGCAUUUGAUCCGACUCUGGAGAAAUGUCGUCUGAUACAAGUGCUUGGAGACAUAUAUAGUCGUCCGGGUAUGUACGCCACGGGAGUGAGCGAUUCAGGUGAACACUUGUACCAUGCGCAUAUGGAGACAGAGAUUAACAUGUCAACUACUUGGAGAAUCUGGAGACUUAUUGAAGCUGAAGCUGGAGACGAUGAAUGGUGCUUGGAACAUACAUUUCAAUUUAGAGACCUGAAGCUGAUCACUGAUGGCAAUUGCAUUCCUCCAUCAGAUUACGACUGUUACUUGCUGUCUAUAGACCCCAUUGACCCAAAUGUCCUGUAUUUCAGUACCAGGGGUAAUCCUACAUCUCGCGAUCCAGGCAUUGUCUCGCUCAACAUCAAGACUGGAAAAGUUGAACCAGUGUAUUCUCCUUAUUAUUGGAAAGAUCCACAAGUGCCUUAUUCUGCAUAUCAGGAGAACAUAGCCUUUCCAUUUGUGCCACCGAGCUGGCCUACAUCCCUUCCAAAGAUUCAUCACCUGGAUAUGAUCAAAGAAUAG